AAACUUGCCCUCAGUUGACGACGAGAUUUCUUGUGGGAAACUACCAAGCCUUACUAAUAUAAAUCUAGCAAAAUAUUAUACCAAUAUAAAUACUCUACGGUUCGGUUAUAAAGUGGUGCUAAGUUUUCAGUAUUAUUUUGUGGUGAAACGGCAAAGUUUUAAUUAAAAAAAAAUAAUUCACAGAUUUUACAAAAUCAAAACAUCAGAUUUCAACCAAUAGCAGCGUUCAGCACCAUCGGCUGCGAGAAUUCUGAUUGGUGAAUAAGAAUUGCUCUGUGGCGCCUCUCCGACCUUAUAAAUAUCGGCGCGAUCACAAACCAGACCUCUUUUCCACAGUGUUAAUUCAAGGGGACUCUUUCGGGUUAUUUUUGUGAGCUAACUCUAAAUUCAGAAUGCCGGAGACCUCAAAAAUGAAUGGAUACGCAAAAACAAACGGACACAGCUAUGAUAUGGAAGAAGGAUCAGUGUUUUUAUUCACAUCAGAAUCCGUCGGCGAGGGCCACCCAGACAAAAUGUGCGAUCAAAUUAGUGAUGCUAUCUUAGACGCACAUCUGAGGCAGGACCCUGACGCAAAAGUAGCAUGCGAAACGGUGACAAAAACCGGAAUGGUGCUAUUGUGCGGUGAAAUCACUUCCAAAGCUAAUGUUGACUACCAAAAGGUUGUCAGAGAGACGGUGAAGCACAUUGGCUAUGAUGACUCCUCCAAAGGUUUUGAUUGGCGAACACUAAAUUUACUAGUGGCUAUUGAAGAGCAAAGUCCAAACAUAGCUGGUGGAGUAUAUCAACAAAGAGAGGAAUUAGAUAUUGGGGCUGGAGAUCAGGGAUUAAUGUUUGGCUAUGCAACAGAUGAAACUGAAGAAUGCAUGCCUCUGACAGUUGUGCUUGCACACAGACUCAACCAGAAAAUAGCUGAACUACGACGAAACGGCGAGUUCUGGUGGGCCCGCCCGGAUUCAAAGACCCAGGUGACUUGCGAGUACGUGUUCGCUGGUGGCGCCACAGUGCCACAGAGAGUUCACACUCUCGUUGUCUCCCUGCAACACUCGGAAAAGAUCACUCUGGAGACGUUGCGUGAGGAGAUCAGGGAGAAGGUUAUUAAGGAAGUUAUCCCAGCUCACUACAUCGAUGAGAAAACUGUCAUUCACAUCAACCCUUGCGGUCUAUUCAUCAUUGGAGGACCACAGUCGGACGCGGGUCUGACGGGGCGCAAGAUCAUCGUGGACACGUACGGCGGCUGGGGCGCGCACGGCGGCGGCGCCUUCAGCGGCAAGGACUUCACCAAGGUGGACCGCUCCGCCGCCUACGCCGCCCGCUGGGUCGCCAAGUCGCUCGUCAAGGCCGGCCUCUGCCGCCGCUGCAUGGUGCAGGUCGCAUACGCCAUUGGUGUAGCCGAGCCGCUGUCGAUCACCGUGUUUGACUACGGAACUUCCCACAAGACACAGCAGCAACUGCUCGCUAUUGUACAAAAGAACUUCGACUUACGACCGGGCAAAAUUGUCAAGGAAUUGAACCUCAGAGCACCCAUAUACCAGAGAACCAGUACUUACGGUCACUUCGGACGAGAAGGCUUUCCAUGGGAGAAUCCCAAACCGUUGGUUGUAGAAUGACUUGAAACUUAAGCACUAGACCAUUGUAAAUAUUUUCACCAGUAUGUUAUAAACACUUAAUCUACGUGUGUAAUUGUAGCGAGGGCGCAGGGAAUGUCGCUGAUGUCUCUCUUUAGACAUUAAUAUGUUCGUGUUGAACCUCGCCAGUGGAACUGUAUGCGACGCUCUAACAACACGUGACGGUUGCAUUUACGAGGUUCACUAUAUAUUUAAGUAUUCUCUAGUUUAUUAGACACAUAGGUUUAACAUGGUGCCGUCAUUUCUGAAUUUGAGUUAGUUCAGGGGUUUAAAUGGCAGUCCUAUUUAUUUAAGAUUACGUGUUCAGUUUCCUAUAAAUGAAUUUGUUUGCUUUUUACACUGCCUGAUUGUUUUUAUAGUUAAGUAAAUGAACUUUCCAGUGAACAUAAGUAAUAUGAUUUUAUAUUUAUGUACAAUUUAAAUUUGGACUGCCUACACUCUCGAAUGUUCUUCACUGUACGCUUUACGAUGUAAGAGCUAUGAUUUAUCGGUAGAGUAGACUACUCCCCUGCUCGCGUCACAGUCGAGCGAGUGGCGGCUGGACCAGCGGUUCCGCUGUUCCUCGCUUCACUGCAAAUUAUACUUGGUGCUGCGUGGAGAUGGGCACUCUAAUCGUUUUAUUAGGACUUCCAAUAUUAGACGAAAUACACUGACUUGCUUCCUGUUAAAGGUUAGUAACCGACUUAGUUUCCAUCUCAUGCGCAGCACAAUUUGUGUUGUGUUUCCGAAAAGGAUUGUCGUGGAAAAGAGCCAUUUUGAAAACACACCGACCAGACCAGGGCAGUAGUGCACUGUGCAUUUACUCCUUACUGUAAUUGUAAUUCCGCCGGUAGUUUUAAUUAGGCGAAAUGCUAACCGUACAUUUGACAUUAGGAAUUAACAUAGUUUUAAACUAUUGCUUAGGACGGUUAGUGAGUAUUUCCGAUUAUAUUUUUUGAUCUGUUUCAUCUUCGACCUGUUUAAAGUUUCUGAUUAACUUCUGUGGAUUAUCAAUUUGUCAGAUUGUGGAAUUUAAACUUAAUAAAAUUAUGUCCUCCCAAAAUACUAGCGGGAGAAAAAACCCAAGCUUUUAUUUAACGCCAUGCCACUUACACUUUGUAGUUGCAAUGAUUUAUUGUUUACAAACACUCAUAUAAGUUUUCUUUGAUACAGGGAAUUAUUACGAGAAAAUGCUUGAAAACUAUAAGUAAAAGAUUGUAGAUAUUUACAAAAAAAAAUA